AUGGAGUUGGAGACAUUAGAGCAAAGCUCAGAAAGCUCAUCAAGCCCACAGAAGGUAUACCAGAGAGGCCGAGGACGCUUUAGGCCACGUAGAACGAGAGAAGGGAGAGGUCGACCCAGAUCGAGACAGACAGGGCAAGCACGGCCAGGGGUGCAACCCAUUAGAGGACGUCGGCGAAGAGGACAGCCUGACAUUGGCUGUGCCAAUGCUGCCCUAGAGGAGCGGAGGAGGGAUAUAGAGAGAAGAGUAGAUAGUCUUUCUCCAGAGCAAAUGAAGGACAAACUGCAGAGAGUUGUGAGGGAAAGCCCAGAGUACCUCUUUACGAUAUUAGAUUCCACACAGACAAGUGCUGGAGGAAGUGGACAUCAUCCUCCAGAGGGAUCACUACAGCCAUCAUGGUGCAUAUGCACUUUCUGCAGAGAAAUGCCCACUCAAAGAGAAAGACUUUGCUGCCAGAGAAAUCAAGAUAGCUGUGUUUCAAGAAUACAUGAUUUUGAUUUUCUCAUCCUGAAUGAAGCUGUGCUUGUCUUGGCAAGGCUGUACAGACAAGGUAUUUUGGCAUAGCCUGAAGAUGCAGACAGAAACAAUGCC